UACUUCUGUUACAGAUUCAAACAUAUAAUAAUUGAAGUACAAGUCAUCCACCCUACAUGGAGAUCAGAUCCCAUCUUUACUUUUCUUUGUGGAGUACUGGAACUAAUCUUUCUCAGCAUGAUAAGCUUAGUUUACUUUUCUGGAGUGCUAGGCAACAUUAUGUCGGGGCUAGUCUACCUCUCACCCACACCAACAUUUUGGAGAAUUGUGAAGCGUAGAUCAACCGAGGAAUUUGAGAGCCUUCCAUACAUUUGCAAGUUGUUGAAUGCAUAUUUUUGGGUUUACUAUGGACUUAUUAAGCCUGAUAGCUUGCUCGUUGCCACAGUUAAUAUGUUCGGUGCUGUUGUAGAGAUCAUUUUUCUUUUCAUAUUUCUGCUCUAUGCCCCUCCUGGAAUGAAGGCUAGAACCGCCAUACUUGUUGCAAUUCUGGAUGUGGGGUUUCCGGCAGCAGCAGUUUUGUUGACACAAUUCUUGCUACAUGGUGAUGUGCGGAUUGAUGUUGCAGGUUUACUGUGUGUAGGCUUCAGCAUGAUUGCAUAUGCUUCACCUCUCUCGGCUAUGAAAACAGUGGUGAACACGAAGAGUGUGGAGUACAUGCCUUUUCUUCUCUCAUUCAUCCUUUUCUUGAACGGAGGAGUUUGGACUUUCUAUGCCUUUCUCACAGAAGACUGGUUUGUAGGAACGCCAAAUGGAACUGGAUUUCUUCUUGGAACAGCUCAGCUGAUUCUCUAUGCAGUUUAUUGGAAACCUAAGCCAUCCAAGCAGCAAGUCUUGAACGACGGGGAUUUAGCGGAUAAUGACAGGCAACGUGAGCCGCUCAUCAUCCCGGCCGCCGGCUCCCAAUCCGUUAAUGCAGAGGCCGAAACGUGACCUGAUAGAAUUAACUUACCCAAGUUAAUAUAUCCCAUGGGUGCAUGAGUAGUAGCCGCGCGAAGAAAACUUGGAGAAGGAUUUUGCUACUGCUGCAAAAGAUCAGAUCGAAGGCCAGCCGGAAGAGUAGCAAUUUCAGGAGAAAUUUGAGUUUAUUUAGAGGUUGCUUAUAAUUAGGAGUACUAGUACUCCUCCUCAUCAUCAUGUAAUUUAGUGAGAUUUGUACGUCGACCUUAAGUUAAAAUUCAAUAAAUUAAAAUGUUUUUGUAGGCA